UGAAGCUGUGGCUGUGCUAAGUGGAAACAGACUAGGCGAGACUGUGAGGCCCAAGUGCUCCGAGACAUGGAGGACGUCAGUGGGGGUGCCGGAAAUGACCGAGUUAGAAACCUGAAGAGUGAGGUGGAGGGAGUCAAGAAUAUCAUGACCCAGAAUGUGGAAAGAAUCUUGGCCCGAGGGGAAAACUUGGACCAUCUCCGAAACAAGACAGAGGACUUGGAAGCCACGUCUGAACACUUCAAGACAACAUCGCAGAAGGUGGCCCGGAAGUUCUGGUGGAAGAAUGUGAAGAUGAUUGUCAUCAUCUGUGUGAUUGUUCUUGUCAUCAUCAUCCUCAUUGUGCUCUUUGCCACCGGCACCAUCCACACCUAAGAGCCCCUUUAAUCCCACCCUAGUCUUCAGGGGUAACCCUCCCUCAUGUGUGCCCUCCUCCACAGAAAUGCUGCUUAGUCCCUGUGAGGGCCUUCCGCUACAUCAUACGCUCCAGAAGCACCUCGAUCCCCUGGGAGGAGAGAGCUGCAGUGUGGCUGCAUCUCGUGGGUCCCGAGAGUGGGGUAGAAGGGCCUGCUUGCGGUUGGGAGAAUACUGGUGACUGGUGGGCAAUAAAGACCUUUCAGUGUC